AUGGGCGGAUUGGUCUCUAGAUGGAGAGACUGGUACCACCUUCCUUUCUAAAAUAAAAUCUCUCUGGCAUGAAGUCACUGCCUAUUUCACAUCCGGUUUACCCUGGGACGUAUUACUACUGUCUUGGUAAAGAGAAAUCUUUUGUUGUAUAUCUGCAGACAGAAUAUUGGGAAGAAAUUUGGGUGUGAAAUCUUCAACACUGAAGUACGGAAGAGUCCAUGACGCCUCAGACUGUAUGAGUGAGAGGCAGAUCUAGGGACAACACUCAGCUCCAGUCCCUCAGCCAUCCCUUACUCUCACCAGCUCCGAUUUCUUGGCGAUUUUCUCUGGCAGACUUUCCACCCUCCCUUCCCAACCCCCCUGCCCCCCGCCCGCGUCUUCAGAGAUCCAGUGCCUGAAGGGGGCCGGAGCUAGGAAAACCCAAGAUGAAGAGGAAACUUGGUCUUCCUGAAUAUCUUUGGGCCUGGACACUCCUUCUGAAUGUACUGGCUGGAAAAAGCUUUGGGCAAACAUCACUACAAGAUGAAAUUAAAGACAACACCACCGUAUUUACAAGGAUUUUGGAUCGACUCCUAGAUGGUUAUGAUAACCGCCUGAGGCCAGGAUUGGGAGAGCGUGUAACUGAAGUGAAGACUGAUAUCUUCGUCACCAGCUUCGGACCCGUCUCAGACCAUGAUAUGGAAUAUACAAUAGAUGUAUUUUUCCGUCAAAGCUGGAAGGAUGAGAGACUCAAAUUCAAAGGGCCUAUGACUGUUCUUCGGUUAAAUAACCUAAUGGCAAGUAAAAUUUGGACUCCUGAUACCUUCUUUCACAAUGGGAAGAAAUCUGUGGCCCACAAUAUGACCAUGCCAAACAAGCUGCUUCGCAUUACUGAGGAUGGCACCCUGCUGUACACCAUGAGAUUGACUGUGCGAGCUGAAUGUCCUAUGCAUCUUGAAGACUUUCCAAUGGAUGCCCAUGCCUGCCCAUUGAAAUUUGGAAGCUAUGCUUACACUCGAGCAGAGGUUGUAUAUGAAUGGACCCGAGAACCAGCACGGUCUGUGGUUGUAGCAGAAGAUGGCUCUCGCCUUAAUCAAUAUGAUCUCCUUGGACAAACUGUGGACUCUGGAAUUGUCCAGUCCAGUACAGGGGAAUAUGUUGUCAUGACCACCCAUUUCCACUUGAAGAGAAAGAUUGGCUACUUUGUUAUUCAAACAUACUUACCCUGUAUAAUGACGGUUAUUCUCUCCCAAGUUUCUUUUUGGCUCAACAGAGAGUCAGUCCCAGCAAGAACUGUAUUUGGAGUGACAACUGUCCUUACUAUGACCACCCUGAGUAUCAGUGCCAGAAAUUCUCUUCCCAAAGUGGCCUAUGCCACAGCCAUGGAUUGGUUUAUUGCAGUGUGUUAUGCCUUUGUGUUUUCAGCACUGAUUGAAUUUGCCACUGUCAACUAUUUUACCAAGAGAGGUUAUGCUUGGGAUGGCAAAAGUGUUGUUCCUGAAAAGCCAAAGAAAGUGAAGGAUCCUCUCAUUAAGAAAAACAAUACCUAUGCUGCCACAGCAACCAGCUACACCUCUAACAUCGCUCGGGGGGAUCCUGGGUUAGCCACCAUUGCUAAAAGUGCAACGAUAGAACCCAAAGAAGUCAAACCUGAAACAAAGCCACCAGAGCCCAAGAAAACUUUUAACAGUGUCAGCAAAAUUGACCGACUGUCAAGAAUAGCUUUCCCAUUGCUUUUUGGAAUCUUUAACCUAGUCUACUGGGCUACUUAUUUAAACAGAGAGCCUCAGCUUAAAGCCCCCAACCCACAUCAAUAGUCACUUUAACUUACAUGGUCUUGUUCAGUCUUUCCACACUGGGAAUUGCCUUCCGUUCUCAACAUAGUAAUUCCCAUUUGCUUCAUUGCCUCUGUCUUAAAGAAACUGAAGGUUUCCUUAUUUUAAAAAUAAAUCAUAACAGAACAAGAAACCCUGUAUGUUAAAUCCAAAGCUUUAUUGUAAAUAUACCUGGGAAACUGGAUUUUGAGAGAGGAAGUAAAAAACAACACAAAAACAUAGAAAAGAGGACAGAGAGGGAGAGGGAGAGAGCGAGAGAACGAGAGAGAGAGAGAAAGAGAGAGAAUAAAGGAGGGAAAAUGAAAGGAGUAAUGAAAAAUACUCAAUAAUCUCACCAAAUUUUAUGUAGAUAUUAUAUUGCCAAAUUCCCUAACAGAGAUACUAUAUAUGUCAAAAUAUUUUUAUGCAAAAGGUUUAAGAAAAAAAGUGUUUAAAAGUUAAAAAAAAUCUUACUUCCUUAUUGCAUAGACUAUAUAAUGUAUUUACUCUUCUGUUCAUUGAAAUGAAGGAAGGAUUUGAUUUUUGAGUUUUCCAACUUCUGAAUGUUAUUACAGUAAUUCUAUUUUUAAACCCCCAAAUAUAUUGUUAUAGAGGUAAAUACUAUUUUGAAAAUACAUGGAAAUUUCAUAUUCUAAGGUGCAUUGAUGAAUGCUUCAAUCUGUCAUUCAUUGUCAUUGUUUGUAGCAAGCUGUCUAGAUGAGACAUCAUGUCAAUAGUAUACUCAGUAGAAUGAAAAAAAGAGUGAAGUCUUCCCCUUUCCGAAAAUUCUAAUCCCAGUAGAACCCAGGUCCUAAAAGAGGUUGCUUCUUGUCUUGAAAAUGUUUUAAGAGGGGGCGAAAAAAAGUAUUUUGCAAGCUCUAGAUAUGUUGAAUGUAUUAUUUUCUAUAACAGUACAUUAAAAGCUUUAGACUGAAAUUUAUGAAUAGCAGACAAAAACAGAGUAUUUAAUAUAUGUAAAUAAAUGGCAUGAGAUUGUACAUUUUUUUUUACUUUUUUAAAGUUGUGUUCUUAAAAUACUGUGCAGGGCUCACCUCUGUUAGGUCUUAAUAUGUUGUUAUUUUCUGUGGAAACAUAUUUAGAGCCUGCAUAUAAAAGAGGAUAUAGGAAUCAGUAAAAGCAUAAAAGAUGAAGAUAUUGGUUGGAAUUAUACAGAUGGAGAGAAAGCUGGCAAUUUCAAAAAUACCUGAUGCACAGUAGUGAGGAAAUUACUUUCUGCUCCAGUUAUAGAGAAAUAUUCAAAUUUAGGCUACUGUGUGGUAGAGAAAAUAAACUUUUAAAAAAAUUGUUCCAGCUACAAAAUCAUCUGUAUAUUACUGCUGUAUUUGUUGAUACAUAACUGUUACGAUAAGUGAUGUAAUAUAUGUAGCAUUCAAUAUGAAACAAACAUCAUACGCAAAAGAAUGUACAGAAAAUAGAUUUUAUUGAGUAAACUUACUACAUUUCAUUUUUACUGUAGCAAUAUCUUUGUAGGAACACUACGUAAGGGCUUUAAGUAUACAAUGUCCAUUUUGCAGGUAUACUAUUUAUUAUUCCCUAGGAAAUAAUUCUAGUCAGUUUCAUUACUGCUGACAGGUUUUAGAGAUAAACAUUUAAGUAGCAGGUAUUUUUGAAGUGCUGUAUUUGAUUGAAAAGAGUUUUGAAGAUAUUUAAAUUCAAUAAUCUAGAAUUUACGGGCCAUGUUCAGAAUACAUUUAAAUACCACCACAUGAAACUUUAGCAGAAAUGUUCAUUGAGACAGUAGAGCAUCAGGCAUGAAUGUGGGGCCACCUUUGAUCAUCUUUGCUCUGAAAGCUUCUUUCCAAUGACAAAACAAAUUACUAGUGUGGAUGUGUGUGUACACAUGUGUAUAUACAUACAUACACACACAUACACAGAAUGUUCAACUUACACAAGAUUUGGUUCUGCUUAAACUUGAGAAGCUAAUCUGAAAUCAACCCAAGGAUGUCUUGUCUCACCUUCUGCUAUCAUGUGUAGAUAUAUGCAUAAAAACACACACACAAUAAAAAUAUGGCUCUUUAACUUCUCUGUAUUUGUUUAAUCUUGUUCUUUUUCAGUGUUAAAUUAAUGUGUUCAUUUAGAGCGUUUUAUGCUCCAAGUUACUCCCAACUAACUUUUGGUCUGCAUUUUGCACAAUAGAUAUGGAUAUUACUUAAGUAGUCUGCUUUUUGCUAUGCAAUGAUGGCAUUAUAUGACCUCUUUGUUUGUUAGUAUAUGUGGAUAGGAUUUUAUUGUAUGAAUUGAUUGCACAGUUUAUGGAAGACCGGAUAUUUUAUGUAGCUUUUCUACAGUGCUUUGCUAAACCAUGUAACACUAGUAAGUCUUCCUUGAAAAUAAUGGUACACUCUUAUAGAGGACAGUUCCUGUUUACUCCUGGGAUAAUUUUAAAGAUGACAUUGAAUGUUUAUUGCACCUCAGUGCAGUGAUGUGGCAAUAAAACCUAAAACUAAUGGAAGUUGUUUAUGGCAGACGCAUGCAUUGCUUUACAGAGUUUAGCAAAAGCUCUUUAUUUUAUGUCAGACUGUAAUUCUAUUACAAUAAUAAAGCUAAAAUUAUUCAAUA